AUGUCGGAAAAGGCGGCCGAGACGAGGGCACCACUGCUGCUGCACCCGCUGCCUCGGCGGCAUGAAAUGACCAACGCAGAGAGGCGCUCCCGAUUCUGCGUCGUCACUACUACGAUACUGGCGCAGCUGGCCGCCCUAUUACUCCUGGUCAGCUCUUGGUGGGACUGGUCUCACCGUGUCGACAUCUCCCUUGAGUCGACGGCGGUUGAAUGGAGUUGGAGCGAUGUCCGGCCGAGUCGGGAUCUCGAAUGGCAGUCCUGCUACGAUGGAAUGUUUCAGUCUUUUCGGUCGCGCAGCCGCUACUCCUUCUUGUACCGGUCUGACGAUUUCACAAUGAUACAGGUUCCCAUGGACUGGAGGAAGCCGUCAGAGGACAAGCGUGUCGUUCUCGGUGUGAUUAAGUUGCCCGCCAAGUCCAAGAAUAGCACCGUUCCGCCUCUUCUUAUCAACCCCGUCGGCAUCUCAACACCCAGAGCAGACUGCUGGGCCAACACCCAGAAGCGCACACUAUGGGAUCUCCAAGAGACGGCCAUCGUGGACGAGAGGCCCGGGCUGGUCUAUGACGCGUACAGCCGAGCGGCCGCCUUCUCAGGCGUGUGCGAGGAGGCCAUGGGCGGCACGGGCAUCCUGCGACACCUCAGCACCGCAUCGGCGGCGCGCGACAUGCUCGAGAUCAUGGCCAAGUCGGGACACGAGAAGCUUCGGUACUGGGGUUUCAGCUACGGCACCUUGCUGGGCGGUGUCUUUGCCGCCAUGUACCCUGACAGCGUGGACAGGCUAGUGAGCGAUGAUUACCUCGACUACUUCGAGGGAGAUCGCGCCUCGUUCGUCAAGGACGCCGACUCCAUCCUCGACGCCUUCGACGCAGCGUGCCACUCUGUCGGGCCGGAGCGGUGCGCGCUGUGGUCCCCGGAGGGCGCGGCGGGCGUGACGAACCGCCGCGCCGGCGUCAUCGAGUCCCUCCGCCAGUCGCCCGUCCUGGUACCUGCCGGGGCCACCGACUCCGGGCCCCGCAUGCCCCUGCUGAUAACGUAUUCGUUCCUGCAGGCCCUGACGCGCAUGCUCCUGUACAAGCCGCUCGGCAACGCGCAGCGCCUGGCCGGCAUAUACGCCGGGCUCGAACGCGGCGACGGCGUGCCGUACUACCAGACCGUCAUGGCCAUGGCCGCCGAGAGCAAGGACUCGGGCCGGAACGGCGGCGACAGCGGUGGUGACGCGGACGACACAGACCUCCUGCUGUGUCCCCUUACCGAUACGCCUGCCACCGAGCCCCGCGAGACGGGAAUGGAGCCCGAUGCGUUCCCGGCAAUCAUGUGCUCCGACGCGGCCGUCGUCGAGGACACACCCGCCGAGUUUGCCGGCUAUCUCGAUAAGAUUCUCGGGCUGAGCAGGUGGACCGGUGCGGCGAGUAUCAGCUUCCGCCUCGUGUGCGUUGGUAGGACGCAGAGACCGGAUUGGAGGUUCACCAUCGAGCCCGACUCGGAGAUUGUCACCGAUACACCGGUCCUGUUCAUCAACAAUCUGCACGACAACGUCACGCCGCUGGACAGCGCACACAACAACUCGGCUCACUUCCCCGGGUCCGUCGUCUUGCAGCAGAAUUCACUGGGUCACUGCAGCUUGGCUGCUCCAUCAUCGUGCACGGCAAGAUACAUCCAGCGAUACUUUUCCGACGGUGCCCUGCCGGACCCUGGAACCGAAUGCGAGCAGGACUACGCGCUGUUCGAGACCCCCAGCGAGGACGUGGUCCUCGCGCAGGACGAGGUAUCCCGUGCAUCUUGGGAGAUGUCCCGACGUGGGGAUAUCUGGUUUGGAAGGGUAUAG